GAACUGUAAGAUAAAGAUAAGAAAACUUUAUCGUCUAAAAUGGAAAUGUAUCUUUUGGCGCUCUCUGGCUUUCAUUCACUGAGAUUUAUGAGUGUCGGGGGCCUUGAAGAGGAAUUUCAACUCCCGUGGACGCGGCGCGCCAGUGACUGCAUCCGUGCGACUCCAGAGCUUUUCAACGCGUCACCACCCCUUCCUCUCCGAGGAGCUUUUCAAAAUCCUAAAGGAGAGAUGCAGCUGACUCAGAAGGUAUUUUAGCCGGCUGAACGAGAACAAAACCUUUUGACAACAGAAGUAUAAAAUAUAGUAUGGUACCUGGGUUACGUUAGCCCCAAAUAAGGAGUUUAAUAAGUAAGUUUCGGAAGGGUUUAUUUGAGAGGAAAUCAAAACCUUUUUUUUUUAUGGAAGGACGGACGGUUCUGAAACUUCCGUAACGGUCUCUCUAUAAUUCAACCAGAGAAGAGUGGAUAGGCAGCCUUCGACUCAGUGGAGUUUCUGUGGGGCAGGGUGCUGUCCUAUGGGAUGGAUGACGGCCAGCAGGAUCAGUACGAGGAGCGUCUGAAGGAGGUCUUUGGUGUUGUUAGUUUGGCAGUCGAGGAGCUAUCUGACCUGUGCCAGGCCCUGCACCUGGAGGAUUCCACCCCCACACUGCUCCAUGCCCUGCUGCAGAACCAGGACCCACUCACUGGCAGGGUUGGUUUUGACCAGUUCAAGAAUGCCCUGAUUGUGGUGUUAUCAACAAGCAUAGUAGCAACACCUGCGCCCAGUCAGGAGACAGCACCUGCUUCUCUAUCACCAGACUCAACAGUCCAAGCUAAGUUUGUGCGGGGUAGUAAACGCUAUGGCCGACACUCUACACCGGAGUUCAUAGACACCGUCACAGACUUCUCAGAGGUGCUCAGCUCAAACGCUACAGACCCACAAGAUCAUGAAGACUCUACUGUGCCCAGGAAACGUGAGCGCUGGAAUGCUCAUGAAACCGGAACGGAAGAGUACGAGGCAGAAGGCCAGCUGCACCUGUGGAACCCUGAUGAACCCUCUACCCCACGGGGCUCUAUCACACCCCUCUCAGACCACCAGGAGGAGAGGUUUCGGGAGGCCUGCGAGGAGCUGACUAUGCCUUGGGAUGGAUGUGCCAGCCACCAUGAGCUACUGGCUCUCUGUGACCACCUGGGCCUGGAGGUGACGGAGGAUGUCCUCCAGGUUCUAAGUGGUGAUGAGGUCAUGAGCGUUCAGGCGUUUACUUCCUGGGUUCUGAACCAUGCCAAGCCCCCCACCCCGUCUGCCUCCACACCUUACAGACAGCUCAAAAGACUACACUCCUCACAGCCAUUCGAUGAGACGGGCCGUAGAACCAGCGCUAUGACGAGCACCAUCGGGAUGCGUCUGUUCUCCACUCUGGACGAUGGGACAGGAUCCGCUCCUGCUGAGGACAUCCUGGAUGUCUGGAUGGAGGAGGGCAUCGAGAACAGCCCAGAGAUUCUACAGGCCUUGGAUUUUGACCUGGAGGGAAAAGUGAACCUCAGGGAGCUGACUGUGGCUCUGGAGAACGAGCUCCUCGUCACUAAGAAUGGGAUCCACCAGGCUGCACUGGCCAGCUUUAAGGCUGAGAUCAGAUACCUACUUGAACGUGUAGAUCGGGAGCUCCGAGAGAAAGAGAAGACUCGUUCUGACCUGGACAAAGCAGAGAAGUUAAAAACCCAGCUGGCUUCUGAGGUGGACGAGCAUCACUCUGCCAUCGAACGCAUGAAUGACCUCAACCUGAGGAAGCUGGAGCAGGAACACAGGGAGAAGCUGGUGUCUGUCCGGUCAGAGCUCAUUAAAGAGAUGGACCAGAUUCAGCAGCAGACUGGUCAGCAGAGAGAGAAACUAGAGGCAGAGAUGGAGAAGCUCAGAGAUGACGAGACCUUCCUCAGAGACCACCUCUCACUCACUGUCAAGGAGAGUAGGCGUCUGGAGAUGGAGCUGCUGGACAGCACUGAGAAACUGGUAGAGGCAGAAAACCAGGUCAGCAAACUGCAGAGGAACCUGGACAACAUCCUGAAGGAAAAGUUUGGGGAUCUGGACCUGGGCAGUGCUGAGUUCUUCCUACAGGAGGAGAGUCUCAGACGGCUACGCAGUAGCUAUGAGGAACAGUGUCGGGAGCUGCAGGAUCGCAUCGAUGAGCUUCAAGCAGAGCUGCAGGAGUACCACAACCUGGGCCGCACCUCUCAGCUCUGUCUCAAACCCUCUCUCUCUGAGGACCUGGAGAGUAAGAGUCCUGGCAUGGAGUCAGACCCAGGUCUAGGCUCAGAGGAGGGCCAGCCGUUGUUCAACAUGAGCCUGGAGGCAGAGAUGAUGCUGGAGCGGCUGAAAGAGAAGCACCUCCGAGAGAUGGAGGAGCUACAGGCUCAGCUGGAGAGCAAGGUGAGUGAGUUUGACCAGAAGGUGGAGGAGCAGAAAGCCGACCUGGAGGCCCAGAAGGUAGCGUCCCUGCAGUACCUGGAGGAGAUCCAGGCACUACGAGGGGAGAUGUCCGUCAUCCAGAACCGAGCCCUGGAGCUUCAGGCCCAACUAGACAAUGCUGAGGAGGAGCGGGCCGGUCUAGAGCAGAGACAGGCUGGGGUGAAGGAGAAGCAGGAGCACCAGGAGGAGGAGGUGAGCAGCCUGAGACAGGAGCUCCUGGAGUCCCGCAUCCAGAUUUCUGACCUGGAGGAGCAGCUGAAAGUCCUGGAGGCCCAACAAGCGAAGGCUGAGCUGGGCCUGGACACAGAGAUGCAGGAGCUGAGGAAACUUCACGCCUUGGAACUCAACAAGCUGGACGUGCAGCAUGACAACAUCCUUCAGGUCAGGCUGGAAGAAGAGAAGGGGAAUCUACAGGAGGAGCGGGAGAAGGUAGAGAGGAAACUGUUAGAGGAGUGGGAGAGGGAGAAGAUGGAGUUACAGCAGAGCCACGAGGAGACGAUGAAGGCUAGGAUAGAGGAGGUGAGUUUGAAGUUCCAGGCAGAGCGAGAGGAGUUAGAGAUGCGACUCACAGAGGAGUGGGAGAGGGAGAAGGCUCAGCUGGAUGAGCAGAGUAACGAGUCGCUCCAGACCGUGUUAGAGGAGGAGAUGUUACGUCUAGUCAAGGAGCAGGACAGUAGGGAGAUACGGCUCACUGAGCAGUGGGAGCUGGAACAAGUUCAGCUCAAGGAGUGUCUGGAGGAGACUCUCCUCACCCGGUUGGCGGAGGAGAAUCUGAAGCAGCAGGAGCAGCAGGAGGAGGUGGAGAAGAGGCUCAGGGAGGACUGGGACAGGGAGAGACUCCAGCUGGAGGAGGACUAUGAGGGGAUGCUCCAGGAGCAGCUGCAGGAGGACAGGGAGAGGCUUGCGGGAGAGAAGGAGGAGGUGGAGAAGAGGCUGCAGCAGAUGAUGGAGGAGGAGAAGGAGCGCCUGGAGGAGGUCCACAGACAGGCCGUGCAGGAACUGAGUGCCAAACACAGUGAGGAGAGGGAACAGCUCAGCGGUCUGCUGGACAAACUGCGAGAGGAAAUCGCUGAGGAAAGGAAAGAACUAGAGAGCCACUUUUCCCAGAAAAUCAGGGAGGUGGAGGCCCGGUUCUCAGGCGACCAAGACGCUGUCGCAGAGCGCUUCCAAACCGACGUUUCCAACCUGGAGAAGCACUAUCAGAGCGAGCUGAAGGCACUCACUGACAACCACGCUGAGCAGAAAACCAAAUGGGAUGCAGAAACAGAGGAAGCCCUUCAGAAAGCUGAAGAGCAGAGGAGAGUUCUGCAGGAAACCAGAGAACAAGAGCGAGAGACCAUCACCCAGGACCUGGUGAAAGAGAGGGAGCUGCUAGAGAGUGUCCAUAAGGAAGAGAUGGGCGCAUUGGUUGCGAAGAACCAUGAACUCCAAAAGGAGCUGGAGAGUUUCAUCAGUUUAGCCCAGACCAAAGAGAUUGAGCUGAGUAGGCAGCUGAAUGAUCUUCACAAUAGGCUGCAGGAGAACCUGGACACUAAAGACGAGCUUCUGGCCAAGUCUGAGAAGAAAGCCCAGGAGAUCGAGCUUCUGCUUAACCAGGCCGUGGAGGACUUCAAGCAGGAGAGGGCAGAACUUCAGGGAAACCUUUCUGAAUUAGAGGUGAGGCACUCCUUGGCUGAGAAGCAGCUUGAGGAGAUGAGUGAGCUGCUCUCAGAACAUGAUAACCAGAAGUUGAAGAUCAAAGAACUGGAGAAUCUCCUGAGACAGGCAGCUGUGGACUUUCAGUUUGAGAGGCUGGAGCUACAAGAGAACAUCUCAGACCUGGAACUGAAGCUGAAGGAGAGCCGUCCUUCCUCCGACCUGCAGGACAAUGAGAAAGGAGAGCUUCUGGUCGAGAGAGACCAGCUUAGUAUUAGAAUUCAGGAAAUCGAGAAUGAGCUCAACCAACUUCUAGACUCUGCAGACAUAACCGGGGGCAAAGAAAUGGGAGAAUCAAAUGAAGUAAAUGUAGCACCACUAGGAGAGGAACAUAUAGAGGCUGCAGCUCUUGAAGAACAAGUGGGUUCAGAACACAUUACCGUUAGUGAUGAGACAUGUGACAAUGUUGUUCCAGAGGACUGUGAAGGCCUUGACAUAGAAUAUGUAUUCCCUAUGGAGCAGGGACCAAAUGACAAAGUUGAGAUUAUUACUGUAUCACCUCAUGAGAUGGAGAUUUCUGAGAACAUCAUUGCAGAAGUUUGUGAUCAAGAAAUAACUGUUACCUCAGACAACCUGAAUGUCUUAGUAGAGGCAUCUGAAACCUGUGGUGAACAAGGACAAGAUGAUGAGGUGGAGAUGAUACCUGAAAGUCCAAAUAGGUUAGAGGAAUGUCCUGAAGACACCAUAACUCUUCAUUUUGAUGGGACAUGUGAUGAUGAAACUACUGUGGACGAUGGCCCAGACCCAGUGGUCGAAUCUGUUGCCGUUGAGGAGCAAGCACAAGAUGACAACGCUAGUGAGGGAAGGAUGAAUGCUGAAACCUCUGAAGACAUUGAGGUAUGUCCUGAAAACAUUAUCAGUGUUGAGGCAUGCAAUGGUGAAGUCGCUGCUAUUCCAGAAGAAUGCCAAGACCUUGUUGAGGAAUCCCAAUCGUCUGAAUGCCAAUGUCAGGCUGAGGACAACAUGGACGAAGACACUAACGAUGACAUUGUAGCAAUGUCCAUUCCAGAGGAGAAACCUCAAAGUGAUGACAUUGAUGGAGAUGUCUGUCCCUCUGAGAUUAAGUGUGAAGACUCCUCCCCUGAUAAGAUUGGACAGAAUGAUGCUAGUGUACAAGAAACUGUUUUCGAUGAUAAGCCUGAAGAGGAGGAACUUCAAGAUGAUCUGAUUAAUGAAGAAGUGAAGAGUUUUGUGUCUCUGGUUGUCUCUUCAGCCCUAGAGGAGAUGGGUCAUGACACUGACGAUACCAAAGAGGCUUGUCUUUUCGAGGAAACUCAAGAUCUAGAGAAAAAGCCUGUGGAACUGAUUCCUCAGCUGCAGCAGAGGUGCGAAGAAGCAGUGAAUGAGCAAGAUGACUGUAUCCGUGAGAUCCUGGAGCUCCAUGAGCAAGUCAGUCAGUUGGAGAGCGAGACCAGUCUUCUGGCUCAGCUACAGAGCCAGUAUGACACUGCCACUGAGGAGAACCUGGCGCUACAGCAGAAGAUCUCCGAGCUUCAGCAGAAGUCGGAUGCACUAGAGAGUCUUUCAGCAGAAAACGAUCAGCAAGCUUUAGAGAAAAACGGCACCCUCAAAGCUCAGGCCAACGAGAUCAAGGUGACGUCUUCAGAUAUGACCUCGCUUCAGAUCCGAUACGAGGAGUGUAUCUGUGAAAACGCCAAGCUGGAGGAACAAAACUGUCGGCUGGAGAAGAGAGUUGUGGGCCUUGAGAGCAAGAUGCACAUCAUCCAAGACUUCCAAGAUCAGCAAGUAGCGUUGGUGGACGAGAUCACCAGGAUGAGAGAGGAGAAUUGUAAGCUGACUGAGCUAGUCAGCGAGUUAGAGAGGCAGGAUGAGAUUCUCAUGGCUCUGCAGCUGGAGGCCGAGUCCGAGGAAGAUGCCACCACAGAACAAGAACAAGAGUCCUUCCUGGACCUCAACUCCCAACUGGAGGCUAAGAUACAAGUGGUGUCAGAGCUGGAGGACUGCUGCACGGAGUUCGAGAAUCAGAACGCCAAGCUCCGCAGAGCCCUAACAGACCUGCAGGACAAGUCGCUGAAGAUGCAUGAAAAGAUGCAGACCCAUAGGAAUGAGGCGGGUCGUUUAGCAGAGGAGAACCUCUUACUCAGACACAAGAUCUCCGUGCUGAAGGAAGAGGACCUGAGAGAGACCCGGGAGGAGACGAUCUUGAAACUGGAGCGUUUCAGGAAGGAGAAGAUAUCUGCACAAAAGAAAGCAGAGAGUUUCAAGAGACAGAUCUCUGAGCUGCGUCUCCGCAGUCAGCAGCUGGAGGAUGAGAACGGGCUGCUGUCGGAGAAGAACGCCCAGAAUGCAGCAGGAGUGGAGGGGUUGAGCCAACAGCUGGGGGAACUGCUCAGACAGAGUGAGAGACAGGAGGCUGUCAGAGACCAGCAGCACAAUGAACCAGAGGACAACAGGACCAAGAUGGCAGUGUGUGCGUCUGCCCUGGAGGCGGAGCUAACCAACGCUGUGGAAGGGACUGUACUACUAGAGGAGGGCAAGGCCCAGCUGGUGCUACAAAUCACCACCCUCCGCGAUAAGGUGGCUAAGAUGGGGGCUGUGGAGUGCCAGUUCUCCCUCCUCCUGCAGGAACACAAGGCUUUGGAGAAACUAACCCAGGGAUUACGCAAUCAGCUUGCCAAGUCUCAGGAGAGGACUCAUGUGUUGGAUGAAAGUCUCCAGUCUGUUAACCUCCAGAAUGCCCGUCUCAAGUCAGACCUCCGCGUGUCACAGCAGGAGAAGGACGCCCUCAAACAGGAAGUGAUGUCACUGCACAAACAGCUGCAGAAUGCCAACGAUAAGAACCAGGUUCUGGAGAUGGCCCUGCACUCCAGCGGAUACCAGAGCCAGCACAAGAAGUUGUACCGGGAUGAGCUGGCCAGGUUGGUGGAACAGGAACAGCAGCUGCUGAGGCAGGAGAACGAGAGGCUGACCAUGGAGCUCCACAACACCAAGGACGACCUUCACCACAGCAGGGACAAGACGCGUCAGCUGGAGGCAGCCAUCUUAACCGUGAUGCAGCAGAAACAGCAGGGCCAGUCCAGUGUGGUGAAGACUGUGGAACAGGAGAAGACUGCUCUGAAGAGAGAGCUGAACGUGAUGCAUCAGGAGCUACUCACUGCUCAGAACAAGGUGUGUGAGGUCCAGAGAGAGCUGGAGAGUCUUCGUCAGGAGAACGAAGGUCUGAAGACCCAACAGGCCCAGCUACAGGCACGGCUUCUGGAGGCCCUCCAAGUCCAGCUGGUUGGUCUGCUGCCCACAUCCCCUCGCAGGAUGCCUGGUGAGCGGAGAGAGCAACACCGCAGGGACGACCUCAACCCAGAGAACAUACAGAACGAGAGGGCGACGAUGAUGAUGAUGAUGAUGAAGAUGGAGGAACGUAUGAGGGAGAUAGAGCUGUCUCUGCAUAACGUCAAGCUGCUGCUCAAAGAGAAGGUCUGCCAACUCAAAGAUCAGCUCCACAAGAACGGUAAAGCUGAUUCGUUGAUCAAGGACCUGUACGUGGAGAACGCCCAGCUGCUGAAGGCCUUGGAGAUGACCGAGCGGAGACAGAAAGUAUCGGAGAAGAAGAACUACCUACUGGAAGAGAAGAUCUCCAGCCUCAACAAGAUAGUCAGAGACCUGAGUCCCUCACCCCUAGCCCCCAUGCCCUACCAUUUCACCUGUUCCUAAUACUACACUUUGACCCCUGACCCCAGUAGCUGGACGGAACAUGGAUCUAAUACUACACUUUGACCCCUGACCCCAGUAGCUGGACAGAACAUGGAACUAAUACUACACUUUGACCCCUGACCCCAGUAGCUGGACGGAACAUGGAUCUAAUAAUACACUUUGACCCCUGACCCCAGUAGCUGGACAGAACAUGGAACUUGAGUGUUACAUUCACAUUCCACCUGAGCCCCGUAACCCUCAGUCCUCCAUACCACUAAUAGUUGAGCCCCUUAACUCUCAGUCCUCUUCCCCCUUUGCCCUACUACUAACAGCUGAGCCCCUUAACUCUCAGUCCUCCCUACUACUAACAGCUGAGCCCCUUAACCCUCAGUCCUCCCUACUACUAACAGCUGCGCCCCUUAACCCUCAGUCCAGACCUCUACCCUACUGUCAUACCCAACCACCAAGACUACUGUCUAUGGUGACCUCUACCCUACUGUCAUACCCAACCACCAAGACUACUGUCUAUGGUGACCUCUACCCUACUAGACUACUGUCUAUGGUGACCUCUACCCUACUGUCAUACCCAACCACCAAGACUACUGUCUAUGGUGACCUCUACCCUACUAGACUACUGUCUAUGGUGACCUCUACCCUACUAGACUACUGUCUAUGGUGACCUCUACCCUACUGUCAUACCCAACCACCAAGACUACUGUCUAUGGUGACCUCUAACCUACUGCCAUACCCAACCACCAAGACUACUGUCUAUGAUGACCUCUACCCUACUAGACUACUGUCUAUGUUGACCUCUACCCUACUAGACUACUGUCUAUGGUGACCUCUACCCUACUGCCAUACCCAACCACCAAGACUACUGUCUAUGGUGACCUCUACCCUACUAGACUACUGUCUAUGGUGACCUCCUCUACCCUACUAGACUACUGUCUAUGGUGACCUCUACCCUACUGCCAUACCCAACCACCAAGACUACUGUCUAUGGUGACCUCUACCCUACUAGACUACUGUCUAUGUUGACCUCUACCCUACUAGACUACUGUCUAUGGUGACCUCUACCCUACUGCCAUACCCAACCACCAAGACUACUGUCUAUGAUGACCUCUACCCUACUGCCAUACCCAACCACCAAGACUACUGUCUAUGAUGACCUCUACCCUACUAGACUACUGUAUAUGGUGACCUCUACCCUACUAGACUACUGUCUAUGGUGACCUCUACCCUACUAGACUACUGUCUAUGUUGACCUCUACCCUACUAGACUACUGUCUAUGGUGACCUCUACCCUACUAGACUACUGUCUAUGGUGACCUCUACCCUACUAGACUACUGUCUAUGUUGACCUCUACCCUACUAGACUACUGUCUAUGGUGACCUCUACCCUACUAGACUACUGUCUAUGGUGACCUCUACCCUACUAGACUACUGUCUAUGUUGACCUCUACCCUACUAGACUACUGUCUAUGGCGACCUCUACCCUACUGUCAUACCCAACCACCAAGACUACUGUCUAUGGUGACCUCUACCCUACUAGACUACUGUCUAUGGCGACCUCUACCCUACUAGACUACUGUCUAUGGUGACCUCUACCCUACUAGACUACUGUCUAUGGUGACCUCUACCCUACUAGACUACUGUCUAUGGUGACCUCUACCCUACUAGACUACUGUCUAUGUUGACCUCUACCCUACUAGACUACUGUCUAUGGUGACCUCUACCCUACUAGACUACUGUCUAUGUUGACCUCUACCCUACUAGACUACUGUCUAUGGUGACCUCUACCCUACUGUCAUACCCAAACACCAAGACCACUGUCUAUGGUGACCUCUACCCUACUGUCAUACCCAAACACCAAGAACACUGUCUAUGGUGACCUCUACCCUACUAGACUACUGUCUAUGGUGACCUCUACCCUACUAGACUACUGUCUAUGGUGACCUCUACCCUACUAGACUACUGUCUAUGGUGACGUCUACCCUACUAGACUACUGUCUAUGGUGACCUCUACCCUACUAGACUACUGUCUAUGGUGACCUCUACCCUACUGCCAUACCCAACCACCAAGACUACUGUCUAUGGUGACCUCUACCCUACUAGACUACUGUCUAUGGUGACCUCUACCCUACUGUCAUACCCAACCACCAAGACCACUGUCUAUGUUGACCUCUACCCUACUGUCAUACCCAACCACCACGACUACUGUCUAUGGUGACCUCUACCCUACUAGACUACUGUCUAUGGUGACCUCUACCCUACUAGACUACUGUCUAUGGUGACCUCUACCCUACUGUCAUACCCAACCACCACGACUACUGUCUAUGGUGACCUCCUCUACCCUACUAGACUACUGUCUAUGGUGACCUCUACCCUACUGUCAUACCCAACCACCAAGACUACUGUCUAUGGUGACCUCUACCCUACUAGACUACUGUCUAUGGUGACCUCUACCCUACUAGACUACUGUCUAUGGUGACCUCCUUCUACCCUACUGCCAUACCCAACCACCAAGACUACUGUCUAUGGUGACCUCCUCUACCCUACUAGACUACUGUCUAUGGUGACCUCCUCUACCCUACUAGACUACUGUCUAUGGUGACCUCCUCUACCCUACUAGACUACUGUCUAUGGUGACCUCCUCUACCCUACUGUCAUACCCAACCACCAAAGUAGUCGCCAAAGUACCGGAGCACUAAGUUGAUCACAAAAGUUGUCACUGAUGACUUUUUUUUUUUUACCAUGACACUAAACCAGAGAAUAUUCCUGAUACUGAAGUGCACUUCAGGGUUGGUGGUCAAUUCCAUUUCAGUUACAAUCAAUUCAGGAAGUAAACCAAAUUCCAAUUCCACAUUUUCCUAAUUGAAAAGCAUUGAAGAGAUUUGGAAUGUCAGUGUACUCUCUGAAUUGAUUGGAAUUGAAAUGGAAUUGAUCCCAACCCUGAUACAAUUGGUUGUCUGAGAGAUUUUAAGCUCCCUGUUCAACACUAUGGGAAUCAAUACUGUCACUUUUCAGUUAUUAUAGCCGGAUAAAGAGGGUUUAAUAUGUGUAUUUAAAUGCACAAUAAAUGGUAUAAUCAUGUAUACAAACCACUUUGUAAAUUGAAUAAACUGUGUGUGUUUUGUUACA